GGGUUCUCCAAAAGUGGAACUUUGAGUGGGUGAAUUAUGAAGACACUAAAAUGAAAUGUUUAACCGCCUUUUAUAAUACCGCACUGUUUUAUUGCCUUACAUAUUUAGAUCCCCACAUCCAGUUUUGUGCAAGCAAAUAGGGUGUGGACUUGGUCGAAUUUCACAACAGUGGUCCAUGUAAAUAAGGGUAGUAUUUUUCCACCUUUCUUGUUCAGGAUCUGUUUUCUCAACAUGCUGAUCCACUUUAAGUAAUGUCAUGAUGUGUGAGAAUGUGGGUUCCAAGUAGAGGGGUAAUCUUUUUGAAGGGUCAAUUUAGAACAUUUGAAGUCAAUCUGCUUCUUCAAUUUACGGUUCUGGAAACCAAAACUCCAUCUCCAGCCACUCCUCACAGACCCUCUCAUUUUGGUACAGAAGUAGUCCCACAGAAGAAUUCAUGGCAUUUCUGAUGGUGGAUAUCAGAGGAGCUAUGAGAGUUAGGAGACUUUAUUUACUUAGUUUCUGAUUCUCAAAAAGGAGGUGUUAGAAUCCGAAUUCUGGGAAUCUGUCGAUUAACCUGCUAUUUUUCUACCAUUGUUAACAUAGUCUCUUGGGGUUAUUUUUUGCUAGUUGCUCCGCCUUCUUUUUGUAGGGCGUGACUCUUCUUUGGUGGGAAGGAUAGCAUCUCCUGAGAACCCUGUUGUAUGAGCAGGCUGACAUAGGUGGUGAAUAAAGUAGGAUCUAGGUAUGCAUGGGGAAGGGGAGGGACAUGCACAGAUGGUAUUAAAAUAAGAGUCUCCAUUAUGUUCCCUGCCUGCUUUGUAAGUACAAUUGCCUAUGUUCCACUACCUAUUUCUGCACCUCAUUUUUUUUGUUUAGGAAAGGAGCUGUAACUUCUAUUGGGAAAAUGACUGACUUCAAAGUUGGCAGGAGGUGUAAUCAGGCUGCAGGUCUUGGGGUGAUUAGGGAAUCAUUGAGGAAGAGCAGACAGGUCUGUUUCUUUCUAGGUUCCUGUAGAGAUCUGUAUGUAGCUGUUCACUUGGAAGUUAAUUAAGAAAGAGAACAAAAACUAUUCAUUUGGAUUCAAGGUCCAUCUCCACUGGUGGCUGUGGUGGCUUUGGAUUGUUGGAAGACCAUCACCUUCAGCAGGUCUGCACUUGGGAACAAUCAUUCUCCCCCAGCCCGAGCGUGCCUCUGCCCUCUGUAUCAUUGACAGAGGCUGUAUGUUUGGAAAGAGAACUUUGUGACUGCAGAACUGACAGUUGACUCUAAUUCUUGCUACCAAGUUUUUCCCUGAUCCAGUGAAAGAGUGUUAAGACUUCGACCUAGGACACAUUGAGAACCAAGGCCAAGACUGGACAGGGCCAUAUAACUGGGCUUCAACCAUGGCUGGGACUAAGAAUAAGACAAGAGCCCAGGCCAAAACUGAAAAAAAGGCUGCUAUACAAGCUAAAGCUGGAGCAGAGAGGGAGGCUACUGGUGUUGUUAGGCCUGUAGCCAAGACCAGGGCCAAAGCAAAAGCCAAGGCAGGGUCUAAGACAGAUGCAGUAGCAGAGAUGAAGGCAGUGUCUAAGAACAAGGUUGUUGCUGAGACGAAGGAAGGAGCUCUGUCAGAGCCUAAGACUCUGGGCAAAGCCAUGGGAGAUUUCAGUCCCAAGGCUGGGAAUGAGUCCACCAGCUCCACAUGUAAAAAUGAGGCUGGUACUGAUGCCUGGUUCUGGGCUGGAGAAGAGGCCACUAUCAAUUCCUGGUUCUGGAAUGGAGAAGAGGCUGGUAAUAGUUCCAGCACUAAGAAUGAUAAACCUGAAAUUGGUGCCCAGGUCUGUGCUGAGGAGUUGGAGCCUGCGGCUGGGGCCGAUUGCAAACCUAGGUCAAGGGCUGAGGAGGAGGAGGAAGAGAAUGUUAUUGGGAACUGGUUUUGGGAAGGAGAUGAUACUAGUUUUGACCCUAAUCCUAAACCUGUGAGCAGGAUAGUUAAGCCUCAGCCUGUGUAUGAAAUUAAUGAAAAAAAUAGGCCCAAGGACUGGUCUGAGGUAACUAUCUGGCCCAAUGCCCCUGCUGUAACUCCAGCCGUGUUAGGAUUUAGAUCCCAGGCACCAUCUGAGGCAAGCCCUCCUUCAUAUAUUGUUCUGGCCUCCGCUGAAGAAAAUGCCUGUUCUUUGCCUGUGGCAACAGCUUGCCGCCCUUCUAGGAACACUCGCUCAUGCUCACAGCCUAUCCCUGAGUGUCAUUUUGAUUCUGACCCCUGCAUCCAGACCAUAGAUGAGAUUAGACAUCAAAUCAGGAUCAGGGAGGUAAAUGGGAUUAAGCCAUUUGCUUGUCCUUGCAAAAUGGAAUGCUAUAUGGAUUCUGAGGAAUUUGAAAAACUUGUUAGCUUACUUAAGUCAACUACUGAUCCUCUUAUUCAUAAAAUAGCACGGAUUGCAAUGGGUGUCCAUAAUGUUCACCCAUUUGCCCAAGAGUUUAUUAACGAAGUGGGUGUAGUGACACUUAUUGAAAGCUUGCUCAGUUUUCCUUCCCCUGAAAUGAGAAAAAAGACGGUAAUUACUCUGAAUCCUCCUUCUGGGGAUGAAAGACAACGCAAAAUUGAAUUACAUGUUAAGCAUAUGUGUAAAGAAACCAUGUCAUUUCCUUUGAAUUCACCAGGACAGCAAUCUGGAUUAAAGAUACUAGGACAACUGACUACUGAUUUUGUCCAUCACUACAUUGUUGCCAAUUACUUUUCAGAGCUUUUCCAUUUGCUGUCCUUAGGAAAUUGCAAAACCAGAAAUCUUGUUUUGAAACUACUUUUAAAUAUGUCUGAAAAUCCAACUGCAGCCAGAGACAUGAUCAAUAUGAAGGCAUUGGCAGCAUUAAAACUCAUCUUUAACCAGAAAGAGGCAAAAGCCAAUCUUGUUAGUGGUGUGGCCAUAUUUAUUAACAUAAAGGAGCAUAUCAGAAAAGGCUCAAUUGUAGUUGUUGAUCACUUGAGUUAUAAUACACUCAUGGCCAUUUUCAGGGAAGUUAAAGAGAUUAUUGAAACAAUGUAACAUGAGCCAGAGUUAGAACAUUUUGAGCCAUCUUCAAACUCUAGCAGGCUGUACAUUACAGUGUACACAUUAUACACUGCAUCUUUAACACAAAGUCACCUGUGACAGGCUCUAGGUUUGAGCUAGACUAUUUUGGGGGUAUCAAAUGAAUAUUAUACCUUGGGCUGAAAAUGUUUGAUUUUUAUCUUGUCUAGAUUGGCAUAUUUUUAACAUUUUACUUAAGAUAGCAAACCAGUUCGUUUUAAGUAAGCUAACUUGUUCAUUAGUAUCUGCUUAGAUACAUCUGUGGCUUAAAAUGGCAAAAAAGAAAAUAUCCUUGAGUUUGUAAUCUAGUUACAGAAGUAAGGCAUACACACACACAAAGAUAACAGUACCUAGAGAGAGAGUGUGUGUGAGUGUGUGUGUCUCUGUGUGUGCACGUGCACGCUCAUGGCCAAAUGUGCGCGCUCUACAUAAAGGAGGCAGGAGUUCCUAUAGGCUAUUUAAUGUAAGAGAAACUACUAUUUUUCUCCUGUUCCAGCUGUAUCAGAUACUCGUUCCACAACACAGAAAUGACUCAGAAUCUCAGACAAAAUGUAUUAUUUGUUCAAUUUUAAUUUUGCUACAACAUUCAUAACUCUUAAAUUGUUAGCCUGUUUCGUUUACAUCAAAGUUAUCUCACAAAAGAGAAGGCAGGAAACGUUUUGUGAGUGCGUAUUCUAUGUCAAACACUGUGUUGGCACCAUAUUUUACAAGUUAUUUUCCUCUUCUCACAGUGAUCUUGUGAGCUAGUUGCUUGUAUUUUUAUUAGAACUCAUUAUUCUGGGUACCCUCCAAUGAGAAUUAGAGAGGUUAAAUACCUUUUCCUAGAUUCCCACAGCAGGCAGGUGGCAUAGCUGUUUUGUCUGACACCAGAACCCAUCUCACCACACUGCUUUACAGUCUUCCUGAAGGACAUGUUGAGGUGGGGGGGCCUUCAAAGCUCAGAGACUGGUUUGAAUGGUUUAAUUUUGCAAUGGAUCAUGUCCAUGCCAGGUGUUACAAUUCUUAACUUCCUCCAAAUUCAUGUGUCCAUUAGACAUUUGGCUACCUCUGGCUGGAGGUCAGGAGAAAAUUCUGAGGUAAAUAGAUGGAUUUUAUCUGGCAGUGUCGAAAAUAGUAGGAGCCCAAAACUUUGUUCAAUGAGUAAGAUGUAGAUUUGGAGUCACCAGCAAGGGAAACUUGUUAGACGUCCUUUGUAUCUUUUUCUAUCCAUUUGUAUUUUUUCUUUCCCAAAGAGCUGAAAUCAUUUUAUACCCUGAAUUUAAAAGGUAAUUGCUUUUUUCCUCUUUGCAAAAUCAUACCUUAAUUUUUUUUUUUUUUUUUUUUUUUUUUUUUUACCAUUUAUGAUUUAUUCUCCUGUGUGUCAUAUGAAAGGCCAAGGGGCUUUAUCUUUUACUAGUAGGCAAGCCUGGGUAUUUCUGCAUUUGUACCAGCUAACACUACAAAAUAGACUUAAUUAGAGAAAUUUAGACCCAGAAUUGCAGCUUCAACAACACAAAACAGGAAAGCUAGAAGAGGUUGCUGUGUCAACCUACAAGAUAGUGAUCUUGGAAGUUGGUAUGGACCAGAAAGCAGUCCCAGGACAUUUAGGCUAUUGCUGAGUUCUCUAAGACUCAUGGUGGGAAUUAUAAUCCCUGGUCUAAGCUGAUAUGAAAGUUUCUAUGUGUGAAAAUAUGGAGUUAUAUGCUUUGAGAUUUUCUGCCAGUUAAGAAACUAAAACAAGAUCAUACUGUAAAUGUUUGUAACUUGCUUCCCCCCAGUUGUAUACUGUAAACAUCUUUGCAUGUCAAUAAAUAUGCCUCUACAACAUA